CGCUCUCCCCCAAAACCUAUAGAGACUUGUUCUACUAAUUUUGUGUCUAUAUAUAUAUAUAAUUUUUCUUCGAAACCUGUUUUUUUUUAGGUUUUACAACACUACUCGAAAAGGGUUUGGUUUUGUUUUUGGAUCUGAAACCAAAACCAGUAUGGGAAAUUGCUUGGAGUCAUGCUUGAGCAAAGGGCAAGAAAAGAACAACAAGAUUUUGGAGGUGAAAGAAGAAAGUGGUGCCAAAGAUAAUGACCAAAUAGUAAGUGGGUUUGUGAAGGAAAAUAAUAGUUCAAGAAAAGGGAGCCUGAGAUUGAAGAUUGUUUUGACCAAAGAAGAGCUUGAGUGGUUUAUGGUUCAACUCCAAAACAAAGGUGGGAAAAGCUUAGAAGAUGUAUUGGAAGAGAUUGAAAAGAGCAGAGUGAAAGUUAAUCAGAGUUGGAAACCUUCUUUAGAAAGUAUUAUGGAGUGUCCUGAGUUUGUUGAGAUGAGUAGAUGAAUCUAUUACUUUUUUUUCUUCUUCUUUUUUUUUUGGGUUUAGGUUGAGUUUUUUGAUGUGGGUUUUGGUCCAAAAUUGUAAUUAAUCUAGUCUUUUUUUUUUGUCAAAUGGCAAACCCUUCCAAAGUUGUUGAGACUUCUAAGACAUUGAAACACUUUUUGCUUAGGCUUGCUUUGCUUCAUUGGAGUUUUUUUCAUUUGGAUUUGCCCACAUUUGAAACUUAGGUACUAAUUAAGUUACUUCUUUUCUUCUUCUUCUUUCAUUUCUCUUAUGUAUGUUCAAAAGUGUGUUAUUGUUAAUACCUGUACUUGCUUGCAUUCUCUCACUUCAUAUAAUAUAAGGCUAUUUUUGAGCUUU